CGAGUAGGGAGGAAGGCAGGGAGAGAAGGGAGCUUGCUUCAGCCACUGCUGAAGGCUCUCAGAGGCAGACUGUACGUGCAGCACUCUGGCUGGUGUGCAAUUCAAAGGACAACAUUCAUUGAAUUUAUUCAUUGAAUUGCUGAAGGACAGAUAUGACACCCAACUGCUGCUUCUGUAUGUUCUUGCUUAUUGGUACCAUGGUCAUCUGUGACUCUUUGGAAGAUCACGUUUCUGGAGCUGGCACCAGGUGCCCUGUGGGCUACUUUCCAUGUGGCAAUAUCACAAAGUGUUUGCCCCAACAGCUGCACUGUAAUGGUGAGGAUAACUGCGGGAACCGGGCUGACGAAGACAACUGUGAGGACAACAAUGGAUGGUCUCUGCAAUUUGAUAAACAUUAUACAAAGGACAAAUACAAUAAACUGAAAUCUCUGUUUGCAUUUCAGACAAAGACACCUGAGUGCUUGGCUGGUGAUGUGCCAGCAGAGUGUACCUGCCAAGGGCUGGAGGUCUUCUGUGAUGCUGCCAAAUUACGUGCUGUCCCAUCAGUCUCUGCAAACAUAACCAUAAUGUCUCUUCAGAAGAAUCUGCUAAGGAAACUUUCUGCUGAUGUUUUCAAGAAAUACCAAGAUCUUAAAAAUCUGUAUCUUCAGAAUAAUAAAAUCAGAGCUGUAUCUGAACGCGCUUUCAAAGGUUUAUAUAACUUGACAAAACUAUACCUGAGCAACAACAAGAUAACGAAUUUGGAGCCUUUUGUCUUUGCAGACCUCCACAGACUUGAAUGGCUGAUAAUUGAAAACAACAGGAUAAAUCGGAUCUAUCCAUUAACAUUCUAUGGACUCAAAUCUCUUAUUCUUCUGGAGAUGAUGAAUAAUUCUCUUGCUCGUCUGCCUGAUAAACCUCUGUGCCAAUAUAUGCCAAGAUUAAAAUGGCUAGACCUUGAAGGCAACCAUAUCCACCAUGUGAAAAAUGCCACUUUCAUCUCCUGCAGCACUCUAACAGUACUGGUGAUGAGACGAAAUAAAAUUAGCUCCCUAAAUGAAAACAGCUUCUCUUCUCUCCAAAUGUUAGAUGAAUUAGAUUUGGCUAGCAACAAGAUUGAAUCGCUUCCUCCAUAUAUAUUUAAGGAACUAAAGGAGCUUUCACAACUGAACCUUUCUUACAACCCCAUCAAGAAAAUACAAAUAGACCAGUUUGAUUUUCUAAUUAAACUCAAAUCCCUCAGCUUGGAGGGCAUUGAAAUUGCAAACAUCCAGAGGAGAAUGUUCAGACCUCUGAGAAACCUUUCCCAUAUAUAUUUUAAGAAAUUCCAGUACUGUGGGUACGCUCCUCAUGUGCGCAGCUGCAAACCCAACACUGAUGGGAUUUCCUCCCUCGAGAAUCUUUUAGCUAGCAUCAUACAGAGAGUGUUUGUCUGGGUUGUAUCUGCCAUUACCUGCUUUGGAAACAUUUUUGUUAUCUGCAUGAGGCCUUACAUCAGAUCAGAGAACAAGCUGCAUGCCAUCUCCAUAGUAUCUCUCUGCUGUGCUGACUGUCUGAUGGGAAUAUAUUUAUUUGUGAUUGGAGCUUUUGAUCUUAAAUAUCGUGGAGAAUACAACAAGCACGCUCAAUUGUGGAUGGACAGUAUUCACUGUCAAUUGGUUGGAUCGCUGGCUAUUCUGUCUACAGAGGUGUCAGUCUUACUGUUGACUUAUCUGACUUUGGAAAAAUACAUCUGCAUAGUUUAUCCUUUUAGGUGUUUGAAGCCCAGAAAAUGCAGGACAAUUUCCAUUUUGGUUCUUAUUUGGAUAAUCGGGUUUGCUGUUGCUUUUAUCCCACUGAGCAAUAAGGAAUUUUUCAGGAACUACUAUGGCACCAACGGCGUCUGUUUUCCUCUUCACUCAGAGCAAUCAGAAAGUUCAGGAAGUCAGAUUUACUCUGUUGUGAUUUUCUUAGGUGUAAACUUGGCAGCUUUUAUCAUCAUUGUGUUUUCCUAUGGGAGUAUGUUCUACAGUGUUCACCAGACAGCUAUUAUGGCUACUGAAAUUCGGAAUCAUAUUAAAAAAGAGAUGAUCCUUGCAAAACGUUUUUUCUUCAUUGUAUUUACUGACGCACUGUGUUGGAUACCUAUUUUUAUUUUGAAACUCCUUUCUUUACUACAAGUAGAAAUACCAGGUACCAUAACUUCUUGGGUGGUGAUUUUUAUACUGCCAAUAAACAGUGCUUUGAAUCCUCUUCUCUACACUUUGACUACACGACCUUUCAAAGAAAUGAUCCAUCAGGUUUGGUACAACUACAGACAAAGAAGAUCCAAAAGAGGUAAAGGCAGCCAGAAACCAUAUGGUCCAUCAUUCAUUUGGGUAGAGAUGUGGCCAAUGCAUGAAACCACGCCAAAGGUUACAAAGCCUGUGCUUUGUACAGACUCUUCUGAUGCUUCAGUGACUACGCAGUCCACAAGACUAAAUUCAUACACGUAAUUACGUUUUGAAUCCUCACGGUGACAUCGGCACUGUUAGCUUCACAUCCGUGGGCUUGCUGCUUUACAGCCAUGAGGACACUGAGGAAGGUGUGACAUCAGGGCUCACGUGAACCACUGCGGGAAGAAGAGGGAGCCAUUUGUCUGUUUGCAGGUAGAACUGGCAUUUUACCAUCUCACAGCAGUACCUGACAUUUUGACAAUUCAUCCCAGAUCUGAAUGAGAAAUCAGUUGUUUGGGGCUUUUUUCUUCCAGAAACCGAGGGUGUGGGGAAAAAAAUGAAUUGUCAUUUGAAACAUCUCACUCGGAAAAGCAGAUAGUUUCAAAAUCAUCUAUUUAUGGGGAAGUGUGUAUGUGUGUGUAUGUGUGUGUAUUUUCUUUUUUCUUUU